UAACGCCAUGUUGGCUGCUAUGUCCUGACUUCUGUGCGUGACUUGUCUGCGUCUUUCGGGUUUACUACCAACCUGACAGGAGUCACUGAAAAUCACCUUUCUUGUGGAUAUUUACUGACUUUUUUAUUUUUUUUUGAAUGGAGUAUCCGCGCUGCAUUUCUGCGGUGACCACUUGGGAAUAGUUUGUCAAAAUGUCAGAUGUUCGCCUUUCUGAUGCGACCGUGGAGAGGGUGGAUGCCCCGCAGCAGAACAGCAGACCUCCGGUGUGCAGGAACCUUUUCGGGACGCCUGACCGAGAGGAGAUACGCGGCUUUUUAACGGCUUCCAUUGGGGAUGACGUGCAGGCGUUUAUUGAGCGCUAUAAUUUCAACCCGCUCGGUGAGGGGCCGCUCCCUGCGGGGAACUACGAAUGGACGGAGGACCCAGACGCACCGGAGUUCUUCUCCAGGCCGCCUCACGUGAACUCCUCCAAAGAGGGACCCUCGUCCGGAGGGGCUGCGAAAGACCAGGCGCUGGAAGCCGAGCAACCGGAGGAGCAGUGAGACUAUGUGAAGGGAGCCCAGAAAGAGGAGACAACCCUCACCAGCAGCCUCUCCUAUAGGAAGGCACGAGAGGCUGCUCAAGCACUGAACAUGUACACUAUCAAGUUUUGGCACUCUUAUUAAUAUUAUUUUUAUUCUUAAAUUGCCUCAGAAGCAGCAGAUAAUGUAGCAAACGUGCAAAUUGAUAAUCCCCCCCAACCCAGUGCUGUUCUCACUACCUAUGUUUUUAUAUGUAGCACAUAAAAAGCUAAGUGCUUUUCAUGCCUGUGUUUUUGAAUAAUAUGUGUGAAUUUUGACACGGGUGGGGGGGAGGUUGCAGUGCAAUUUCCUCCCCCCCUUAAAAUAUUUCAAGUGGUCAUGUUAUGUUGUUGUUGUUCAGGUUUUUUUUUUUUUAAUGCAGAUUUCAACAGUCAUCAGGGUUGUAUGGAAACUAAAUGUCUUCCUAUUUGUUAUGGCUGUCCCAUGGGAACAGACAAAAAAGACUUAAGUUUACAUGGGAAUCUUUAUGCACCCCUUUUUAUUUCAUUUUAUUGUAUUUUUCUCCAGACUUUUGCCAAAGUGUGCCUUUUUUAUUUAGGGGGGAUGGACAGUUGAGCAAUAUUUGACCAAAUUUGCCAAUAAUAAUCCUAAGAAUUUUUCCAUAUUUGACUCCACCCCUUUGUGAUGAACAGUCCAGAUUAAAAAAAAAAGAGAGAGAGAGAAAAAUCACUGGACUACUUAGGCAAAUAUGUGAAAUAUGUGAAAGUAAUGGAAAUUAGUGGAACGUCUAAUUGCACUAUUAUUAUUCCUCUUUUUGUGUGGGCAGAAAAAGAAAGUGCCCUCUCCGAAGUGUACCUGUGUGCCUUUUUUGUGGAAAAACACUGAAAAAAGUAUACUAACUUAUUUAUGUUGAGUGUGUGUGUGUGUGGCUUUCCCAAAGCAACAUUUUUGUAUAUAUAUUUUAAUCAUUGUUUUAAAAAAUAAAUAAAUAAACGGUUGUACAUGUUA